UAAGCUUUACUGGUUCUACUGCUGUUGGAAAGAGGCUGAUGUCAGAGAGUGCAUCUACGGUGAAGAAAGUCAGCAUGGAAUUGGGUGGUUUGGCACCUUUCAUUGUUAUGGAAGAUGCAAACCUGGACUCUGCAGUUUACGGGCUGAUUGCUUGCAAGUUNAGAAACAAUGGUCAGACAUGUGUCUGUGCNAAUCGUGUUUAUGUCCAUUCNAGCAUAUANGANGAAUUUACCCACAAAGUUGUNGAGAAAGUAAAGACCCUGCGGGUUGGGAAUGGAAUGGAACCCGGGGUGAAUUUAGGACCUUUGAUNAANGAGAAAGCAGUGGAAAAGGUGGANAGACAUGUGAAAGACGCCUCAUCAAAGGGUGCNAAGAUUAUUAUUGGGGGCUCUCGACAUUCACUUGGUGGUCUCUUUUAUCAGCCAACUGUGAUAACAAACAUGGANGAUUCCAUGACUAUGUCCUGNGAAGAAACUUUUGGACCUGUAGUUGGUUUAUUCAAGUUUCAUACGGAAGAGGAGGUUUUGAAAAGAGCAAACAGUACCAACUUUGGUUUGGCAUCUUAUUUGUACACCAGCGAUUUAGCUCGAGCCUGGAGAAUGGCAGAGUCAUUGGAAAGUGGUAUGGUUGGUUUGAANGAACCAAUGAUAAGUACAUCUACUGUUCCAUUCGGUGGAGUGAAAGAAAGCGGCGUCGGGCGNGAAGGAAGNAAAUAUGGAAUGGCAGAAUAUGUNAACCUGAAGUAUGUGCUAAUGGGUGGCAUUGUUUCUUCCAUGUGAGUUUCAAAGUUAUUCGUUAUAUUUGUAUUCCGUUUUUGUCAUGAUUUAUUUGGAUAAGAUUUUAGUUGAAUAAAAUGGAUUUUUAUUCA